CCCCAAUCCCACCCACCCCCAUUCAUUCAUUGGGCUUCUCAAAUCUUACAAAACCCACAUUUCAAAUUUGAACGCCCUUUUAAGUUUAACUCCGCCCCAUGCUCACUUGGCGCCCGCAUAUCUCUCGCCUUUUCUUUGACUGCCUCGGCGUCUCCAAUUUCCCAAAACCCCCCAUUUGACCACCCUCCUUUUCCCUCUCUUUCUCUACCCUUUAAAGCAAACCAGCCCGUUGCUCUUUCAGUCAUUUCCACAAACAUUUUUUAGCUCAUAUUCUUUCCAAUCAUGAGCAAAGCUUUGGAGAAUGCCUCCAGCAAUGACCCCAUUUCUCUUAACCUCGCUUUUCAUGACCUUAGCAUCAAUAACAGCCCCAGCAUUGAUUUUUACAGCAGUACCGUAACUGGGUCUGAUAAUACUAGUGUAGGCAGUAGUAAAAUAAGCGACGGCGGUUUUGUAGACAAGCAAGUGGAUAUCAAGAAUGUUGAGGUGAAUGUGAGUGGGGAAUGCGUGGAGAGUGAAAAGAGUAGUUUAAGUUCGGUUAGUUAUUGUAAUGGCGCAGAUGGGAAUGAGGCUAGUUUUAGGAGUUUUUGCCCAUCGAAACCUCAUAAGGGAAACGACAGGCGGUGGGAUGCUAUACAAUGUGUGCAGGCUAGAGAUGGGCAGUUGAGUUUGGGGCACUUUAGGCUUCUGAAAAAAUUGGGAUUUGGGGACAUUGGGAGUGUUUAUCUCGCGGAGUUGAGGAGCAUGGGAUGCCUUUUUGCUAUGAAAGUAAUGGAUAAAGGCAUGUUAGUCAGUCGAAAGAAAGUGGUGAGAGCUCAAACUGAGAGAGACAUAUUGGGUUUGUUGGAUCACCCCUUUCUUCCAACUCUUUAUUCGCACUUUGAAACAGAGAAGUUUUCAUGUUUGCUGAUGGAGUUUUGCAGCGGUGGGGACCUGCAUUUGCUUAGGCAGCGUCAGCCUGGCAAGCAUUUCUCAGAACAAGCAGCAAGGUUCUAUGCUUCAGAAGUGCUUCUUGCUUUGGAGUAUCUGCAUAUGAUGGGGGUGGUGUACAGGGACUUGAAACCUGAAAAUGUUUUGGUGAGGGAAGAUGGCCAUAUUAUGCUAUCAGAUUUUGACUUAUCAUUGAGAUGUUACGUGAGUCCCACCCUCGUUGCAUCCAGUGAUGGUCCAGCUUGUACAAUUUCGUCAUAUUGCAUCCAGCCAUCGUGCAUUGAUCCAGCAUGUAAAUUGCCUGUUUGCGCAGAGCCUUCUUGUUUCCAACCUUCUUGCUUUAAACCACGCCUUUUCAACUCAAAAGCCGUAAAAGUGAGAGGUGAAAAAACAACUUUGGCCAGUUUAGAUUCUCUUCCCGUGCUUGUUGCAGAGCCAACUGCAGCACGAUCUAUGUCUUUUGUCGGGACCCAUGAGUAUUUAGCCCCUGAAAUUAUUAGAGGAGACGGUCAUGGCAGCGCUGUUGACUGGUGGACAUUUGGUAUUUUCUUGUAUGAAUUGCUGCAUGGGAGAACACCAUUUAAAGGUAAUGGUAACAGAGAGACAUUAUUUAACGUUGUUGGCCAGCCCCUGAAAUUCCUGGAGGGCUCUGCUAUUAGUUUUGCUGCGAAGGAUUUGAUUCGAGGUUUGCUUGCUAAGGACCCUCAGAAAAGAUUAGGAUUUAAAAGGGGGGCCACAGAGAUAAAACAGCAUCCGUUCUUUGAAAGUGUAAACUGGGCUCUUAUUCGUAGCACAACCCCUCCUCAAAUUCCUAAGCCAAUAGAUCUUGCGUUGCUAAAUCAGGGGUUAAAGUCGUCUUUGCCAUCAAAUCACAAGGGUGCUACAGACUCAGAAAGGUCAUCUGGUCCUUACUUGGAUUUUGAAUUUUUCUAAACAGAUUCGACUCAAUGUUGUAUCAGUAUUCUUGAGGCAGUUAGAUUUCCAUUUCUGAUUUGUAGUUAUAUUUUAAUCUAAUAAGAUAUUUCUGUUCAUAAUUCUUGGUGCCAUAUGAAAAUUGAGCACUACAAUUUGCAAAUAAACCAUGAAAUCAUCAUGUUAAAAUAA